AGUAGUUAAUAGAAGAAAACAAAAUGGGAAAUAACUUCAGCAACUCAACUGUUAUUGGUGGGACUAUUGAGAAGGGAUAUGAGCCCGUUAGGGACAUGUUCAGGAAAAACUUUGAGACGGGCAAAGAGAGGGAUGCGCAGCUAUGUGUAUAUGUAGAGGGUAGAAGAGUUAUAGAUCUUUGGGGUUCAGCAGAGGGGGAUGAAACCUACAAUGGAGACAGCCUACAGUGUGUUUUUAGUUCUUCCAAAGCAAUUACAGCAAUGGCAAUUGCCAGUAUAGCUGACCAAGGCUUAAUCAAUUACUCUAAUACAGUUGCCAGUUAUUUCCCUGAGUUCUCUGAGAAUGCUAAGGGGGAUGUAAAAGUUGAGGAUUUGCUGAGACAUGAGAGUGGGUUGGCGAAUAUACACACUGCUAUAAAUCCAAAGGAUUUACACCCUCAAGAACUAGAAAAAGGGACUGUGGCCAAAAUUAUUGCCAAGGAUUAUCAAGUUUUUCCAAAAAAUACUGUCAGAGAAUAUCAUAACUUGACUGGAGGAUGGAUAAUGAACGAAAUAUUCCGGAGAGUAACUCCAGAUAAAAUAACCAUAGGAAGCUGGCUAAGACGAGAGUACCAUGAAGGGCAUGGUAUAGAUGUACACAUGGGUCUAACAGAGUCUGAGCUAGCUAGAACUAGACCUCUGGAAGCAAUUCCAACCCCUCAUGCUAUGCUCCAUUCUCUUAUUCCAAAUGCAUUUGGAGCUCAGGUUGAACACAAUAUUUUUGUGUUCUCCAAAAUUUUGAGCUCUUUUAAAAGAAGAUUCACGGAGACUGAAAAGCGUGGGUUUGCCGCCAUGUUUGAGGGAGUGGACCCAGGAUUAGAUCCUGGUGUGCUGAUUCCUGAGUUUAUGAAUAGUCCUGAUUGGAGGUUAGGAGAAUCUCCGCAUGGAAAUGUCCACGCUUCAGCCCGAGCUCUAGCUAUGCUGGCUGGUGCUAUGGCCAAUGGAGGACAAGUCGAAGGAAAACAAAUUAUCAGUCCAACUGCCUGGAUUCUUCUUCACAAUAAUCCAAUUGUAAGGGAGGAUGCGUACAUGAACGGAUGCAGAACUGAGUUUACCCAAGGUGGAGUAAAUAUGUUCAAGGAUUAUCAUGAUGAUAAGUUUGGAGAGAGAGUGCUUAAGUCUGGAAGGCAUGGGUUUACUGGAUGGAUGGGGUUUGGUGGUAGUAUCAUUCAAUGGCACACAGAACUUAAAUUAGGUUUUGGAUAUGCUUGUACAUUCAUGACUUGGUGGGAUAUGGCAAAUAUCAAGGCAAGAAAACUACAGAAAGAGGUGGUUGUCUGUACUAAACGGAUAAAUGAAGAAAAAAUAGAUGAAAAAAUAGAUGAAAAUAAUAAUGUAAAAUAGUAAAAACCGGGAAAUAUAUGGAUAUUAUAAUUAAACA